GCUCUGAUGCCGCAAACACAGCGGACUAUACUCUUGUAUAUUUGAGAACGAAUCUCAAUUAUUUUUGUAUAGCUAGGUCUUUAAAUUUGGCAUGACCCAUUUGGAGGAGUUCAUCCCUAUCAACAUGACCAAAACACAUCUGCGGUUUUCUGGGAGACACUUGUCAGUUUGUGCAUUUUAGAGGAGGCACUUGGCCACAAAUUGCCAGGAUGACAUCAAUGGGAUAAUCUGCAGGGAUUUGUUGACCCACUUGCACCAUGACGGGUCAGGUUCUGAGGGAACCUGGUGCCAGGGCUCCCACAGAGGACAAUGUCGCCAUCCGCAUCAACGUGGGCGGCUUCAAGAAGCAUCUCCACACAGAUACUCUGUCUCGGUUCCCGGAGACACGACUGGCGCGUCUUCUCCACUGCCAGUCUAAGGAGUCCAUACUGGAGCUGUGCGACGACUAUGAUGACGCAGAGAAAGAGUUUUAUUUUGACAGGAAUCCCAUGCUUUUCCCCUAUGUCUUGAAUUUCUAUAACACGGGCCGGCUGCACGUCAUGGCCGAACUGUGCAUUUUCUCCUUCAGCCAGGAGAUUGAGUACUGGGGCAUUAAUGAGUUCUUUCUCGACUCCUGCUGCAGUGGCACCUACCACUGUAGGAAAAUGGACCAGGACCGGGUAGAGUGGGAAGACAGGAGUGAUGAAGGAAGCACCACUUCGUCAUUUGAAGAGCUGUUGGAGUUUUACAAUGAUGCCUCUAAAUUCGACAAACAACUGCUGGGGAGCACCCGCAGGCGCGUUUGGUUGAUGCUGGACAAUCCAGGCUACUCUGUGGCCAGCCGCUUUAUCAGCAUCUUCUCCAUCUUGGUGGUGCUAGGUUCUAUUGUCGCUAUGUGCAUGAACAGCAUGAGCGAGUUCAGCUUCGUUGAUGCUGAAGGGCGGCCCACGGAGGAUCCCCGCUUUGAGAUCGUGGAGCACUUGGGCAUUGCUUGGUUCACGCUGGAGUUGGUGGCCAGAUUUGCCGUGGCCCCCGAACUCGUACACUUCUUUGAGCACCCGCUGAACCUGAUUGACUUGGUGUCCAUACUUCCCUUCUACCUGACACUUGUCAUCAACCUGGUGGUGGAGAGUACCCCGGCACUGGCCAAUCUGGGCCGCGUUGCUCAGGUUUUGAGGCUCAUGAGGAUUUUCCGCAUCCUUAAACUGGCGCGCCACUCGACCGGGCUGCGCUCCCUAGGAGCCACCUUGAGAAACAGCUACAAGGAGGUGGGCCUGCUGCUUCUAUAUCUCGCAGUUGGAGUGUCUUUCUUUUCCGUUGUGGCAUACACAGUUGAGAAAGAAGACAGCGAGGACCUGUCCACAAUUCCGGCAUGUUGGUGGUGGGCCACAGUCAGCAUGACCACUGUAGGCUAUGGUGAUGUGGUGCCAUUGUCUAUAGCAGGCAAGCUUACAGCCUCGGCCUGCAUUCUGGCGGGGAUCUUAGUAGUAGUGCUUCCAAUCACCCUUAUUUUCAAUAAAUUUUCCCUGUUCUACAAGAGACAAAAACAACUGGAGAUCGCAAUGCGAAGCUGCGAUUUUGAUGAGGGCAUCAAAGAAGUGCCCUCAGUCAACCUGAGGAACUAUUAUGCACACAAAGUCAAGUCUCUCAUGGCCAGCUUGUCAAACAUGAGCCAGAGUUCACCCAGUGAGCCCAGUCUUAAUGAGUCAAUACACUGAGGGGCUGCAUGAGGAGGUGGGGCAGAGACUGAAGCAUCUGGUGUCAAAGCCCGAUGAACUUCCAUCAUUCUGGAUAUAGGCUUGUGGGAAAUUAGAAACACUAUCCAGGGGAAGUUGGAUAAGUUUUGCAAUUGGUUGGAAUGGAUUAGAAACGUGAGGUGCAGCAAUUGAAAAAUAAUUAUUUUCAUGCAAUUGUAAUAUUGAAAAUUGUGCUUUAGAACUUUGCUUUAUCAGUACUUUAUUGGAAAAUGCUUUGUUCCUGUAGCCCAAAUGUUGAAUAUUUCAUAUAGAAAGAAGGCAGCACAGUGACCUAGUGGUUAGCACAUCUGCCCUAGAGUUCUGAUCUUCUGGGUCAGAAUUUUGCCUCUCCCACCAAGUUCCUAAAACAUGUAGGGCAGGUUAAUUGAAGAAUGAAAAUUGUCCAUAGACGUCAAUGUGAGUAUCAAUGGUUGUUUCCGUGUACAUUAUGUGCCUUGUGAUUGGCUGGCAACCACUCCCCGGUCUAUCCCCACUUCUAUCCCAAAGCCAGCUGGGAUAGCCUCCAGCUCACCCGUGACCUUAAUGAGGACAAGUGGUAUAAAAAAUGAAUACAUUUUAUAUGAUCAUGAUGAUGAACAUUUUGUUUUUGAUCUAUUAUUAUUCAUCAAUCCUUUAUACCAAAUUGCUUUGUUGCAGCAGCCACACACAUCAGUAGGGAUAAAAGUACAAGUGAAAAAUAAAGAAUGCUUCAGUGUUUUGUGUAAAAUUAUUUAAAUGAUGUGAAAAUGUGUGGAAUUAUGCAACAUCAGAUCAGGGUGCAAGUGUGCAAUGAUCAACAAAAAUGUAGGGACAUGUAUAACAUAGGUCCAUAUUGUGACCUUCCAACAAUAAUGGCCUAAAAUACUGUAAGUCACGUUUCCUUUUAGUUAUUUUUGGUUGUUUUGCUCAGAAAAUGAAGGAAGUUGAACCAAACACUAAAUACAUUCUAUUUUUUAACAAUUUCUUUUGGGGGGUAGAAUUGCAUUAUCUGUUGAGCUAAGGAUGAAACAAGUGGC